AAAAAUCUCCCUUAGCCCAGGGCUAAGAUGCAGGGUGAAGAUGCUGAUGGAGAUUUAACCAGAACUGCAUUAUAACCAAAUCAAUUAGGAAUAUUUUUCUUCAUGGGAACAUUGUUAGCUUUAUAUUUACACCUUCUAUUAGUUAAAGGGUUCUUGAAGGAACGUUUAAAAGGAUGUCCCUAUUGAUCGUGUACCUCUGGGCAGGACUCAUGUUCUCUCGUCCUCCUCCCAGCUGCCAAUCAUGCACUAUUGGCACCGCAAGUGAGUGCAAACAGGCAGAAUUUGCUCCUGGAACCAACCUAGCAGGCGAAGGUUUUGAUAUCACCAAAAUGAGAAGAAAAGGAGCCUUUGUCAUUGACAUGAACAUAUGGAAACAUAAAGACAAAACAUGCACCCUCUGUAAAAAUCCCUAUCUGGAAGGGAAAAAACAGAGGCUUCCAUUGACCGUAGUAGAUUGGAGAUCAAAUCACAAGUGUAGUAUGAAAGUGUCAAGUAAACUCCAUCGCUCCAGUGAGUCUCUGGUCAGUGCCAGCAGCUCUUCUGUGGAGAAUAAUUGGCAGGUUAAUCUAGAGUUAGAAAAACAAUCUAUAGCUGGGAAGACUAUGCUUGCUGGAACCAACUCCAAAUUGUCUGAAUACUCCAUGGAAAAAACCAAGAGUGACAAGUUCAGUUUCACAAGCCACAGUGUGUCCUGCACAUAUUACAGCUAUAGAGUAUCCAACCAGCCAAGGUUACACAGAGAAUUCAGGACAGCAGUGAAGAAUCUCCCCAAGACAUAUGCACAAGAAAACAAACAACGUUUUUACAAGCUAAUUGAUAACUUUGGUACCCAUUACAUUACCAAGGUGACCCUUGGUGGAACGGUUCAGUCUGUGACCAGUAUCAGGCAGUGCCAAGCCAGCCUGCAGGGUCUCAGUGCAGAGGAGGUGAAGAUGUGUCUGGAUGUGGAGGCAUCUGCCAGCGUGGGUGACAAAAGCAGCUUAAAGACUGAGUUCAAGCACUGCCAGGAAGACAAGUCCAAGACAGAAAACAAGGCCAGCUUCUCUGAUGUCUUCAAUGAUCGGUUCACCGAGGUGAAGGGUGGCCACACCACAGAGCCCGAGCUCCUCUUCUCAGCUGAUAAAGAUCCCUCCUCCUACAAGGAAUGGCUGACGUCCCUACCGCUCUACCCAGAUAUCGUCUCCUAUUCCCUGGAAUCUCUCCAUGAGCUAUUGCCUACCACCAACCCUAGCCGCAAGACACUGCGCAAGGCCAUCAGUGACUACAUCCUGGAGAAGGCUUUGUGGAAGAACUGCUCCCAACCCUGCCAGACAGGCGUCAAAAGUGACCAGAGAGACUCCUGCAUCUGCAGCUGCCACAACAACCCUGGGGUGACCGCCGACUGUUGCCCCACUCGCAAGGGCAUCGCCCGUGUGGUUAUCACCAUUCAGAGGGGCGCCAACCUGUGGGGUGACCACACCACCGCCACCGACGGCUACGUGAAGGUGUCUUUCGCAGGUCAGAUGAUCGGACGCACACCAGUUAUCAGCAACAACAACGACCCUCACUGGGCAAUGACCUAUGAUUUGGGCCCGGUGAAUCUGUCAACCAACAAGAGGCUGAGAUUGGAAGUAUGGGAUGAGGACGACAAGUGGAACGACGACCUGUUAGGGGAAUGUGAAAAGGAGCUGACGGCUGGAGUUAAUGAGGAUGUCUGCAACCUCCAGCAUGGCCAGUUGUUCUACAAGUGGGAGGUUGUGUGUGCCCCUAGCCUGGGUGGCUCUUCCUGUAUGGAGUAUAUGCCGUCCCCCAUGAACUCCCAACUGGCAAAAGUAUACGUGUCUCGCCACUCACGCCCCAUUCCAAGGGACAUGCUGGUGAGUAUGGGAGUUUUGGUGGACGGACACAGUCUCCCGGCCAACAAGAGCCUUGACAUGAGGAAAAGCGAAUGUACUGGAUAUUAAAAUGACCCACAGUGCCCAUGUCACGAGCUCGGAAUAUUUUCAUAAUUUUAUCUCUGACUUUUAAUUUAAAUGAUGAAAUAAAUGUUUUGGUUUUAGUGUCUUCUAUAUAUGCCUACUGUAUCUUUUACUAUUAUCUGCUUGUUUUGUUAUUCACAUGUAUAUUAUUCUUUGUCCCCCACUUCCCAAUGGUAUGCCAUUUCCAUGAUACAUCAUUGGACUCUUUCAGUGAUUUACUGGAUAGCUAGCGAGCUAAACAUUUUUAAUUUGACUUUUGUCUGUUCCUAUGUUUGUUUGGUUUAUGAAAAGAAGCACAAAUUAUUUGUAUUUUGUUGUACAAAAAAUAAAGUAAAAUUAUUUUAUUAAAUAAAAAUUAUUAACACAGACUGAUGAGUCUUGGCUUUUGAGCUAUCAAAUAACCCUCUGUGAGAUAUGAGACAAUGCUCUUGCUCAUAUUGACCAGACAAUGUUUUCUAUUACCAGACAUCACAAAUGAAGACAACGCUGCCAAUUUGGGUGAUGCAAUAGAGAUUCAAUGUUUACACAAUUACACUGAUUGGCCCAAUGUGGGCUCUAUAGUAAUCUAAAUCUAAAUUCUUUAAUCAUUGUUUAAUCUUGUCCUUUAUGUUUCAAAUGCAAAAUAAACAGUCAGAUUUA